AUGUCUUUUAGAUUUUUCCUCAUUUUUCCAGAAAAAUCCAAGUGUGUUUAUAUCUGGAGACUGGAGGAAAUUGUUAGCUUAUCGGACUUAUCUGCUUCUUCUGGAAUGUCUGCUACGAUGAUGAUGCCUGCGACGGAAUCACAGUCAGUGGCGGCGAAUCUGAAUGCUCCGACGAUGGAAGUAGAGUUUGCUGAGUGCGAUUGUUGUGGAUUGACGGAGGAGUGUACGCCGGCGUACAUGGAGAGAAUUCGAAAAAGGUAUCAAGGGAAAUGGAUCUGCGGUUUAUGUGGAGAGGCGGUGAAAGACGAAAUAUUGAGAAGCGAACGGCUGAUCACCACCGAGGAAGCGAUGACGCGUCACAUGGCGUUUUGUAGGGCGUCGAAGUCAUCUGGUCCACCGCCUAAUCCGGCGGUUCAUUUAAUUGCCGCCAUGAGACAGAUUCUCCGGCGAAGUUUGGAUUCACCUAGAUCCCUGAGGUCUAUGCCUAGUAGUCCGACGAAGAACACCGGGGCCGGCGCACUUGCUCGAUCGGAGAGCUGUAUGCCGACUCUAACGCUUGCUGUUGUUGAUUCAUCUCCGUAUGAUGAACUCGAAGUACCUGAAGAAUGAUGAACAACACAGAAGAACAAAAAUGUCGAUGAACAAUUGUAAGUUUGAUUCCUUGAUCCUCCAAAACGGAUUUGGGAAAACUAGAUGCUUAAUUUAGAUGAGACAGUUAUUGUAUCUAAACUCAUUAUAAUUACUAGUAAACAACCAUGUUUUGAUCUUGA